CUUUAACAUAGAAUUAGCCGUGCAGCUUUUUGUAAACAGUCUUGAUGGUAUUACUACGUUACAAACCAAGUGUGUUGUAUUUAAGCGUUUCAAACAGGUAGUAAUGACGAACAAGGAAGACGGAAGCCGACAGUUUUAUGUCUGUAACUGUUUCACCACUGAUAAUAUUUUCCUGGAGGACUACAAACUCCAUGUGCGCUUUUUAUCCGAGCAGCAGUUCAGACUGGACUACCAAUCAACACUUAGGAGGCUUGGCUGCGUGACGGACCAACAGUUUGAGGAUGUGCUCAACAAGAUUUCACAGGAAGUGGACAGGCGGAGGCGACUGAGUGUGACUUCUGCUGAGAGGGCCGUUGCUAUUAAAGACACGUACCAGCCUCUUCAUCCUAAUGUCUACCAUCUGCAGGAGUCCUUCCUCGCACCAAAAUUCAAGCAGAUUGUUGAGUACUGUCGAAGCAGCAACAUCAGUGAAGAAUGUCUCGGAGACUUGUUGGAGGAAGAAGCAGCUGCAAGAGUUUAUCGCUUCCCUGUGUUUGAGAAAAGCUUCUGUGAGGAGCUGGUGGAGGAGCUGGAGCACUUUGAGAAGUCCUCUGCCCCAAAAGGAAGGCCCAACACCAUGAACCAUUACGGGAUCCUCCUGAAUGAACUGGGUUUUGACGAGGGCUUCAUCACACCCCUCCGUGAGCUCUACCUGCACCCGCUCACCUCACGGCUGUACCCGGACUGUGGGGGACGCUGUCUGGACAGCCACAAGGCCUUUGUUGUUAAAUAUGACAUGAAUGAAGACCUGGACCUGAGCUACCAUUACGACAAUGCAGAGGUCACCCUUAAUGUUUCCCUGGGAAAGGACUUCACCGAGGGCAACCUUUAUUUUGGUGACAUGAGACAGGUGCCUUUAAGUGAGAUGGAGUGUUCAGAGGUUCAACACAGGGUGACCGAGGGCCUCCUCCACCGGGGCCAACACAUGCACGGGGCACUGCCCAUCUCCUCCGGGCAGCGCUGGAACCUCAUCAUCUGGAUGAGAGCCUCACAGGAACGCAACAAACUGUGCCCCAUGUGCAACAGGAGGCCGAUGCUGGUGGAAGGGGAGGGCUUUGCUGACGGGUUCACCAAACACUCUGAUGCUCUGCUGAACACUUCAUGUGUGAUGACAUGACACUGCUAUCAGCCUUUAUUAAAGCCGCUGUAGCAUUUAACACUCGCCACUUUGAAAUUUGAAUUUUUUAAAUUGCAGAUGUUUGUUUGUAUGUUUUUGUAGAGUUUAUUAAUACUACACUAAAUGGAAAUGGCAUUAAUUAUAAUGACACAUUUUGACUGUAUUCCAAAUUGGAAUAAUAUUCAUAUUUAUUAUUUGUACUAUUAAUAAUGGUAAUGGUACUAAAUUCUGUAAUUUGGACGUUUGGUGUAGAAUCCUAUUUUGUGACUUAAUUGUGUCAAAUAUUAUUCCAAUACAAUAAAACACCCAUACUGGCCAAGCCCCUGUACUAUUAAACAGUAUGAUUGUACUAUAUUUUGUGCCAAAGAAUAAACAACUAC